AAUAGUUUGGGUGGUUCCGAGCCGCGUUCUUUUCGUCAGCAGUGUGAGAAAGUAGUCACCACGGCAAAAUGGGCCUCCUCUACAGGGUUCGUGUGCGUGUCAUCAACUGUUUGAUCUUUUUCUUCUUGAUUGUGUUGCUUCCCGGUUUGCCACCAAAAACAACGUUCCCGUUCGAAGGUUUUAGAUUCGCCAAGCCACGCGAGCUGAAAGGAGCGCUAGAACCAACGAACCAUUUAGACAAUGCGGAACGACUGUUCGAAGGAAAGAUCUACGGCCCCGAAGCGUUGCUCGUGCACGGAAAGGAUCUGUUCACCACGAUCCAUGGUGGUGAGGUGAUUCGCAUCAAUGGUGAACACAUUACCCACAUUGCCAAGUUCGGAAAGCCUUGUGAAUUGUCAUUCGAGGAGGAAACGUGCGGCCGUCCAUUGGGUCUAGCUUUCGACACGAAGGGAUCGAACCUUAUCGUUGGCGAUGCUUACUACGGUAUCUGGUCGGUUGACCUGACCACGGGUAACAAGGAGCAGCUGGUUUCGCCUGACACCGUGUUGGAGGGCAAAGGCGUAAAUCGUAAAGGAAAGUUGUUCAACAGUGUAGCCGUCGCUCGGAAUGGCGAUAUCUUCUGGACCGAUUCUACCUCCGACUUUACGCUGCAGGAUGGUGUGUUCAGCGUGUUUGCCAAUCCUUCGGGACGUCUGUUCCAGUACGAUCGCGUUACAGGGAAGAACAAAGUGUUGCUGGAUCGGCUGUACUUUGCCAACGGUGUGGCAUUGAGUCCGAAUGAUGAGUUCGUGCUGGUGGCGGAAACAAUGGCAUCGCAGAUACGUCGUUACUAUUUGACCGGUCCAAAAGCGGGCACCGAUGAUAUCUUCAUCGAUGGAUUGCCUGGUUUGGUGGAUAAUCUUGUGGCGGAUGCGGAAGGUAUUUGGGCACCACUGAUCCAAGCCACAGACGAUGAGAAUCCUUCGAUCACACAAAUGCUUUCGAAGGUCCCGCUUAUUCGCAAGUUUUUGAUUCGUAUGCUGGCGUUGGCCGAGCUGCCCAUGCGACUAAUACAUCAGGUGAUACCCAACGUUCACACACAGCGUAUCAUUCACGCGAUUGGUCACUUUGAAUCGCUGAUAUUCUUUUCACCAAGUCGUCAAACUAUUGUGAAAAUCAGCUGGGGUGGCCGUAUCCUAGGAUCUCUGCACGGGUUCGAUGGUAGCGUUGGAAGUGUAUCACACGUGGCGGAACUAGGAGACCAUCUUUAUCUGGGUUCACCUUACAACAAGUUCUUGGCACGUGUCCCCUUGCCAAAGAUGCCAAAGAUAGAAAUUCGCGAUGUGAAGUACAAACCGGCCACAGAAACAACGGCUACACCGAAACCGACUACUACAACUACAACCACUACACCGAAACCGACUACAACAACUACAACGACUACACCGAAACCAACGACUACUACUCCGAAACCGGCACCGACAACAACGACUACACCAAAGCCUACCACGACGCCCAAGCCAACAACUACCACAACCACAACCCCGAAACCUACGACAACCACACCGAAACCAGUGACCACUACCACCGAGAAACCGAAAACCACAGCAACGCCUCCAAAGGCUGCUACUACUACUACAACCACUCCAAAACCCACAGAAGCUCCGAAAGCUUCGACCGAGGUACCAGUGACAGCGAAGAAAACUGAUAAAAAAGCAACCGUUGAGUCGGAAAAACGAGCUCCAAGCUCCAAGGAAAAACCGGUAGAACCGGCUCCAAUUCACGAAAAAGUCCCGAACGAUACUCCAAAACCGAAGCAAGAGAAAUUAAAAGUGAUAAAGAAGGGCGGUGAACAGGGAGAGCUAUAAGACUAGCGCGUGGUCAGUGACGCACAAAGCAUCCUUUCAAUACGCUGAUCCGGAACAUCA